AGGAAAGCCACUGAGAUACCUUGUUCCCGCACAGCUGAUGAUAUAGGCACGAUUGCCCCUCUGUUGUCUUUCGUACCUGAGAAAGGUCUAUGAGCUCUAUACACGAGUCUCAGACUAUCUCCCGAGGAUUAUUUCACCUGCGUCUUCCAGAAUGGCGCGACAGAGAAGAAAGAGAUUUAACGCUCGUAUCCCUCGUAAUAGGAUGGACCACCACCCGAGGCAAUUUUCGAACCGGUACUAUCAGUAUGCAACGGAGGAUGCACCUUCACGACCAGCUUCCAGCAUGCGGAACGCUCCGAACAUCCCGCCGCCCGCAACGUCGGUAGUAGAUGUGCCCGAGUACUCAUCGCGCCCUGGUUCCCCAACCCGACCUUGGUCUCCUAACCACGUGGGCGAGUGGGCUAGGGUCCCAAGACCCCCGUCUGUUUUGAGCUCGCAGUAUGAACGAGCCGACCUCAAUGGUAGUCCACGUCCGGGUACGCCGAGCUCGAGAUAUGGAGGCAGUCCACGACGACCGUUGCCACCAGCUCCGUUGUUCACGGCUCCACGAUCUACGAUGGGUGAGCAGGAUACGAGCAUCGACAUUGGCGAUCCGGACGACGAUGUGUUCGGUGGCGGCGGAAGGACGAUUCACCGGCAUGGCCAACAUAGCAGUGUGCAUUCCUUCAUGAGCGAAUCGACCGUGAUCACGGACGAAAAAGAAACGAUGAAUAAGUUUGAUCUGGAUGAGGACGACGAAGCGACAGGAAUGGUGGACCCGAACCUGCAUUACGGACCUGCCCCAGAGAAGCAGAGCCGUCGAGGCGUUCGCGAGGCCCAGAUGACCAAGAAAGAAGUCCAGCUGGUUAACGGUGAACUGAUCCUGGAGUGCAAGAUUCCGACCAUUCUCCACAGCUUUUUGCCGCGUCGAGACGACCGAGAAUUCACCCAUAUGCGGUAUACCGCCGUGACCUGCGAUCCCGACGACUUUACGCAGCGAGGAUACAAACUGCGACAGCAGAUCGGUACAACCAUGCGUGAAACGGAACUGUUUAUCUGUGUGACCAUGUACAACGAGGACGAGAUUUGUUUUACUCGGACCAUGCACGGCGUUAUGCGAAACAUCAGUCAUCUUUGCUCCCGCUCGAAUUCGCGAAAUUGGGGAAGAGACAGUUGGAAGAAGAUCGUGGUUUGUAUUAUUGCAGACGGCCGUAAAAAGGUCCAUCCGAGGACCCUUAACGCGCUGGCGGCUCUUGGUGUAUACCAGGAAGGCAUCGCCAAGAACGUCGUCAACCAGAAGCAAGUCAAUGCACACGUCUACGAGUACACCACCCAGGUAUCUCUCGACUCCGACCUGAAGUUCAAGGGAGCCGAGAAGGGCAUCAUGCCGUGUCAGGUUAUCUUCUGUCUGAAAGAACAUAACAAAAAGAAGCUCAACUCGCAUCGUUGGUUCUUCAACGCUUUCGGUCGUGCCCUCCAACCGAAUAUCUGUAUCCUUCUAGACGUUGGCACUAAGCCUUCGCCUACUGCCAUUUACCACUUGUGGAAAGCGUUCGAUGAGGAUUCAAACGUGGCCGGAGCCGCCGGUGAGAUCAAAGCAGGCAAAGGCAAGGGCAUGCUGGGUCUUCUGAACCCAUUGGUCGCAAGUCAAAACUUCGAAUACAAGAUGUCGAACAUUUUGGACAAGCCUCUGGAGUCCGUGUUUGGAUACAUUACCGUGCUGCCUGGUGCCCUGAGUGCCUAUCGCUUUUUUGCGCUGCAGAACGAUGCCGAGGGCAACGGGCCGUUGAAUCAGUACUUUAAGGGAGAGACGCUACAUGGACAGGAUGCGGAUGUGUUUACGGCAAACAUGUAUCUCGCCGAAGAUCGUAUCCUCUGCUGGGAGCUGGUGGCCAAGCGAGAAGAAAGAUGGGUCCUGCGAUUCGUCAAGAGUGCGGUGGGAGAAACCGACGUUCCCGACAGUGUUCCGGAGUUCAUCUCGCAACGAAGACGAUGGUUGAACGGUGCUUUCUUCGCCGCUGUGUACUCCAUCGUCAACGGAAAGCAGCUGUGGAAGACCGACCAUUCCCUGCCGCGAAAGAUCCUCCUCCAGAUCGAAGCCGUCUACCAAUUUGUCCAGCUCCUUUUCACGUAUUUUGGAUUAGCCAACUUCUACCUGGCGUUCUUCUUCAUCGCCGGAUCACUAUCGGACCCGAAGAUCGAUCCCUUCGGCCAUAGCAUGGGCAAAUGGAUCUUCAUCAUCCUGCGAUAUGCCUGCGUAUUGGUCAUGUGUUUGCAGUUCAUUAUCUCCAUGGGGAACCGUCCGCAGGGAGCCAAGAAGUUGUAUCUCUCGGGAAUGAUCGUGUAUAGCAUCAUCAUGGUCUAUACUAUUUUCUGUACGCUCUACCUGGUUAUCCUGGAGCUGAUCGCGAAAACCGGAGGGGAUUCUGAUCUCCCCGUAAGCGACGGGCUCUUCAUUAACAUCGUGGUGUCACUUCUUUCGAGUGUCGGUCUCUACUUCUUCUCCUCAUUCCUCUACCUGGACCCGUGGCACAUGUUCACGUCGUCGGCGCAGUACUUCGCCCUCUUGCCCAGCUACAUCUGCACGCUGCAAGUCUAUGCGUUUUGUAAUACACACGAUGUCACAUGGGGUACCAAGGGAGAUAAUGUGAUCAACACCGACCUGGGUGCGGCGCGCAUCAUCAACGGGUCUAUUGUCGAAGUCGAAAUGCCAUCGGAGCAGCUCGAUAUCGACAGUGGCUACGACGCAGCACUGCGCAAUCUUCGUGAUCGAGAGGAGGUGCCCGAGCCCCCAGUCUCGGAAAGUCAGCUGCAGGAGGACUACUACCGGGCGGUCCGUACCUACAUGGUCUCGAUCUGGAUGGUUGCCAACGUGAUUCUCGCCAUGGCGGUGUCUGAGGUCUACGGAGUAAACUCGGGCGGCACUAACAUCUAUCUCGCCAUCAUCUUGUGGUCCGUGACCGGAUUGGCGUUGAUUCGUGUGAUCGGCUCGACGACGUACGCUAUUCUGCUGGUGGUGCGGAAGAUUGUGAAAGGGAAAGCCAAGUUCGAUGCGGGCAACCUCGCUCAUGGCACUGGCAGUGCGACUUCCAGUGCGGUCAACGGCAGCGCAGUGCGGUAUGGCGGCGGCGGCACGUUUAGGGAUAAGUUCACCGAGGCCAAAUGGGGGAUGAAACAGCAGGUGGGGAAGGUAAUGUUUUGGCGGAAAUGAUUUAU